AUGAUUGGAGGUCCAGCCCUCCCUGGCAAGGAGCCAGUCCCAACACUGGUGGAUCUGAGGGCCCUGAGCCCAGGCCUUCUGAAUCAUGUGACUUUCAAUCCCCCUCCUCCGCCCCCAGGAAGCUUUCCUGAGUUGAAGAACUGGAACUACAAACUGGCUGGUGUGGUUUGCAGUUUUAUUGCGUGGUUCUUGGGUAUAGUCCUAGCCAAUAGCAGAUUCUGGCGUGUGUGGGAAUUUGAGAGCAAUACUGUCCACUUCGUAUAUAUUGGAUUUUGGGAAGCUUAUUAUAAUCUAAAGGUUAACAUCUCAGGUUCAGUAUUUGAGUGGACAGUACACACCACGAUCAGCAUGAGCUGGACCGUUCCUCCUGACCUGCACUAUGGGAAAGACCUGCUACUCUUGGCUAAUUUUAUGAAGUUGGUAGUCCUGAUUUUCAGCAAGGAGGCAUAUUUCAUCAGCUGGGUCAAUGGCCCGUACCCAAAUUUCCGGCGAUUUUGUUACAAUAUGUCCAUCUUCUUUCUUGUCCUCAGCAGUGCUUGUACAAUGGGUGCCGUGAUCUGGAACUAUGCUGUGGACUUUUAUGGCCAAACCACCCUUGACUUUCCAGGUACCUUUCCAGUUACAAAAGAAGCCCUAAUAAAGAAACACCUCUCCCAUGUGUUCCCACUAGGGAUGCUAACGGCCACCUUCUCACUGAUUAGUGCUGUCAUGUUCAUGUCUGAGAUAUACGCAAUGAAACGGGAACCGA